AUGUGUACCGGAUCCGUCGCCGAUCCGAAUGGCACAAGCGUGCAAACUCUCCAGGUUCAGUUGCAACUCGAUGGUACUCGUCCAGCUAGUCGCGAGACCGACCGCACGCGUAACAUCGACGUGUCCUCGGAGUGUGCACGAGCAUCGUACGGUACUCUCUCUGACCGGAGGUACUACACCGAAAUUUAUCGCAAACCAUAUCUCAUAUCAAGGUCUGCUUUUCCUUGCUUGAAGAUGCAGGUUUUAACUCAUUCCGUCUAA